CCAAGACAAAAGUCAACCACAAGUCUUUGUACCUGUUUUAAAGCAGCAUCAUCUUUCUUAUGUAAGCUUCCUCAUAAAACUUGUACCCACAAGUACAUGUUUCUACAGAUUCUAUAUUUUAUUAACCGCUUACCUUGAAGCUUCCUUAGUUAGUUUUCAUACUGUAAAAAGAAAGAUUUCUUCAAGAAUAUAGGCACUAGUCUUUUACCAAAAAAAAAUAUAGGCACUAGUCACAGAGUAGUGUUUUUGAGCUAUGAAUGAUUCAGAGACAAACUUGGCGAGGAGUUUCAGCGAUGAUACUCACUCAGGGUUCGAACUUCCGGAUCUUUACUUGUCAGAUGAAUGGAUGGACGAUGAUCUUGUCUCUGUGGUUUCCGGGAUGAAUCAUUCUUAUGGUUAUCAGACCAGUGAUCAUGAUGCUCAUGCUUCCUCUGUUUUAUUCUCCGGUUCCUCUAGCACUUUCAUUCAUCCCGCAUCUCCAAGUACUAUAGCUUCUGCUGAAAACCAAAUAAAGAAAGAAAAGAAGAAAGUUAAAGAGAGAGUUGCAUUCAAGACAAGGUCUGAUGUGGAAGUGCUUGACGACGGGUUCAAGUGGAGAAAGUAUGGGAAGAAGAUGGUAAAGAACAGCCCACAUCCCAGAAACUACUACAAAUGUGCAGCUGAUGGCUGUCCAGUGAAGAAAAGGGUUGAAAGAGAUAAAGAUGAUCCUAGCUUUGUGAUAACAACUUACGAGGGCUCCCACAAUCACUGUAACAUGUACUAAGGCUCCUAUGAAUUUCAUCAUUUUUUUUUUCUGUUUUUUACCUAAGACAAGAGUCUGAGAAAAGAUACUGUCAGCAAUCCUAUACAACCAAUGCUAUUAUGACUCUGUUCUUGAGACUUUUCAAUGGUUAUUAUAUUUAUACUGCUUCUAAGU